AUGAACUCUGCCAUCACCAGCCGUGAGCACCCUGACCCCUCGCAGAAGCGUGAUGGCGUGGUCACCAUCUAUGAUGAUGGCCAAGGCAGGAAGAAGGAUGGCCAUCACAGGAGUCCCAGCAGCAGCGACCUGGCCUAUGGCAUCCUGGACAUUCCACCAUGGUACCUCUGCAUCAUCUUGGGGAUCCAGCACUUCAUCACUGCCCUGGGGGGGCUCGUGGCCGUGCCGCUCAUCCUGGCCAAGGGGCUGUGUCUGCAGCAUGACCCCCUCACGCAGAGCUACCUCAUCAGCACCAUGUUCUUCGUCGCUGGCAUCUGCACUCUCCUGCAGGUGCUUUUUGGAGUCAGGCUGCCCAUUCUCCAGGGAGGGACGUUUACCUUUGUGGCACCCUCCCUGGCCAUGCUCUCCCUUCCCACCUGGAAGUGUCCUGAAUGGACACUCAAUGCCAGCCAGGUGAACACCAGCUCUCCUGAAUUCACCGAGGAAUGGCAGAUGAGGAUCCGAGAGUUGCAGGGCGUCAUCAUGGCCGCUUCCUGCGUCCAGAUGUUUGUGGGCUUCUCCGGACUCGUUGGCUACCUCAUGCGCUUCAUUGGCCCCUUGACCAUUGCUCCGACCAUCUCCCUGAUGGCCCUGCCCCUCUUCGACUCUGCAGGCAACGAUGCCGGAGCCCACUGGGGGAUCGCCGCCAUGACCAUCUUCCUCAUCGUGCUGUUUUCUCAGUACCUGAAGCACAUCGCGGUGCCCGUGCCCCUGUAUGGACGACAGAAGAAGUGUCACAUGUCCAGCGUGCGCCUGUUCCAGCUCUUCCCUGUGCUGCUGGCGCUCUGCAUCUCCUGGCUCCUGUGCUUCGUGCUCACGGAGACCAACACCCUCCCCUCGGCCCCCACGGCCUACGGGUACCUGGCCCGCACAGACACCAAAGGCCACGUCCUGAGCCAGGCCCCUUGGUUUCGCUUCCCUUACCCAGGACAGUGGGGUCUCCCCACCAUCAGCCUGGCUGGGGUCUUUGGGUUCAUCGCCGGGGUGAUCGCCUCCGUGGUGGAAUCAGUAGGCGAUUAUUAUGCCUGUGCCCGGCUGGUGGGGGCCCCACCCCCUCCAAAGCAUGCCAUCAACCGCGGCAUUGGCAUUGAGGGCCUCGGCUGUCUGCUGGCAGGGGCCUGGGGCACAGGGAACGGCACCACCUCCUACAGUGAGAACGUCGGGGCACUGGGUAUCACCAAGGUGGGGAGCAGGAUGGUGAUUGUCACCUCGGGCUGCGUGCUGCUCCUGAUGGGUGUCUUCGGGAAGAUCGGGGCUGCGUUUGCCACCAUCCCGGCCCCCGUGAUCGGAGGCAUGUUCAUCGUGAUGUUCGGGAUCAUCACCGCCGUGGGGAUCUCCAAUCUGCAGCACGUGGACAUGAACUCAUCCAGGAACCUCUUUGUCUUUGGCUUCUCCAUCUUCUGUGGGCUCACCAUUCCCAACUGGGUGAACAAGAACUCGGACCAGCUCCAGACAGGGAUUCUCCAGCUGGACCAGGUCAUCCAGGUGCUGCUGACCACGGGCAUGUUUGUUGGCGGCUUCCUGGCCUUUCUACUGGACAACACCAUCCCUGGAGGUCUGGAGGAGCGCGGCUUCCGGGCAUGGGAUCAAGCCCAGGGGACGGAGGAGACUGCGAGGGUCCUGGAGAUCUACGGCCUCCCCUGUGGGAUUGGCACCACGUGCUGCACUUCCUCCUGCACCCAGUUCCUCCCCUUCUGGCCCAGCCGGGAGCCUGGGGGGACAGGGGAGGUGGGAGUGAGUCAGCUCACACUCUGCUCCCAGGAUUCCUCAAGAGAGCGCCCUAAGGGUGCCAUAGAGACCAGGAUGUGA